UGGUUAUGUCAAAUUAAAUGUUGGUCUGAUUUAGGAGUUUGUCAAAAUUAUUCUAAUGGAGCUGGAUGGUUGCAAAUGUGCAAAUGUUAGAUAAAUAUAACAGUCAUCAUUCCAAAGGGACGCUCUUCUUGCUAGUUACACAUUUGGUGUUUGCGGAUUCAUCUGAAAAAAAAGAAAUAUGGGUUUUGCAUACUCAUAUCGCCAGUGUAGAAAAGUUGCCAUUGACUACGACUGGUUCACCACUGCUUGUCAAAUGUAAGCAUUUCCUUGUAGCAACGUUUGUUAUACCGAAGGAACGAGAUUGCCACGAAAUUUAUUUAACGUUACUGAAGUUGUCAUCACCUGCACGAACGGAAGACCUAUAUUGCUUCAGUUACCGUCCUAAGAAAGACACGUUUCCACGACACUUAGGGUGGAAUUUUUUCGAUAUUCGAAGUGAAUUUCAGAGACUAGGUGUGCCAAACGAGAAAUGGUCUCUUUCGUAUCUAAACACAAACUAUGAACUCUGUGAUACUUAUCCAAGAUACUUGAUCGUCCCCAGUACCUGUGCAAAUAAUAUCUUGAAAGGAAGUGCUAAAUUUCGGAGCAGAGGCCGACUACCAGUAUUAACCUAUCUCCAUUCAAACAUGGCUGCCAUAUGCCGAUGCAGCCAACCACUUUCUGGAUUCAAUGCAAGGUGUCCCGAAGAUGAGCAGAUGCUGUACAAUAUCCUGCGCACUAAUCUCAACUCUAAGUACGUCUACGUUGUAGACACUCGACCUCGUAUAAAUGCAAUGGCUAACAGAGCCGCUGGCAAGGGCUAUGAAAAUGAAAACUUCUACGACAACAUAAAGUUUCACUUCUUCGGCAUCGAGAACAUUCACGUGAUGAGGUCCAGUUUAAACAAAUUGCUGGAGCUGCAACGGAGCACCACAAUGAAUGGAUUUUUGAGUGGUCUGGAAAGCAGCGGAUGGUUAAAGCACAUUCGGUCCAUACUCGAGACUGCAUGGUUCAUAGCGAAUGCAGUGUCCAAUGGUAUUACGGUUGUUGUUCACUGUAGUGAUGGAUGGGAUCGAACUGCACAAGUUUGUUCUUUGGCUGCUAUGAUGCUGGACCCAUUUUACAGAACGAUACAAGGAUUCCAAAUUUUGAUCGAAAAGGAUUGGCUCGCCUUUGGGCACAAGUUUAGUGACCGUUGUGGUCACAUCAGCAGCGAUGGCAAGGAAAUCUCUCCAAUUUUUACGCAGUUUAUCGACUGCACGUAUCAACUUCUGCAGCAAUAUCCGUAUGCGUUUCAAUUCAAUGAACAUUUCCUUCUAACCCUUCACGAUCACGUACACAGCUGUCGGUACGGAACGUUCAUCGGCAAUUGUGAGAAGGAUCGACAGACGUUAAGGUUAUGGGAAAGGACGUACUCCUUGUGGGGUUACGUAUCGACUUACACCAAUGAAUAUUUAAAUCCACUCUAUACAUGUAAUCGUAAUAAAAAGAACGACAUUGCAAUCCUGCAGCCCAAACUUUCUCCACAAAGCAUUCGGUUUUGGAGAGCGUUUUAUUGCAGAUUCGACGACGGUGUACAACCUCGAGAGACUAGUGAGAAUUUUAUCCUGUCCAUUUACGGACAUAUAAUUUCGAUGGAAGAUCACGUCAAGCUGCUAAUCAAGAGAGUCAAUGAAAUAGGGCAUCCACUAGUAGGAAAUAAAACGCAGAUGGAUUUUCAAGAUAAAUACGACAGAUUUGAUAUGAAGUACAAUAAAAACUGUCUGUCGGAGAAAAUCAUCGAGAACUCGGCCAACGAAGAGGAAAUGGAUAAUAAGAUGUUAAAGGCGAGCCAACUUGACGAGGAAAUGAAAACCAUCGCAUUGGAAUGGAAAUCAUCUCGUGACAUGGAGGAAUGCGUGUGUUCUACACCAUUUAGCGCGUUUAACAAAAAGUACCACUGCUGGUCGUGUGGAAAUGUAUUGUGUACAAGAUGCAUGGGACCACCCUGUGCCUUACGAGGACACUUCACUAAACGUGCAGUUCCUGUAUGUAAAUGGUGCUUUCGAAGGUUCUCAGGCUCAUCACCGACUGCUUCGUAAUGGGUGAUAAUAAUUUACCCAUCGCUCUGUGACACCGAUAAGUACUUUCAUGCAGUAUUUCAAUUUGUACAUAAAAGAAUAUUCAUUGUGUAUAUAUUAUAUAUAUAUAUAUGUCGAGUCGAUAUUUGCGUUUUGGUAAAUAUAUUGCAUUUCGUAAA